AUGGAAACUAAGAACACACUUUUCUGGAUCAUACCGAUAGCUUUUUUCAUUUUUACUGAACAUUCAACUUGCAGGUCGCACUCGAGGCCUCAUCAGCGUUCCUAUAGCCGAAGUAGCGAAAGGACCAGCCACCGAAGAACUCGAAGCAAGUCUCGUGAUAAAGAAAGGCGUAAAGGCAGAGAUAAAGAGAAAGCAAGAGAGAAGGACCGGGUCAGAGGGAAGGAGAAGGAGCAACAUCACACCAAGAUAGGGGAUGCUGGAAACAUCAAAAUUGGAUUAGAACAUCUGUCUGCUGCCGAACAGGCCAAAGCUAGAUUACAGCUGGUCCUUGAAGCUGCUGCUAAAGCAGAUGAAGCAUUAAAAGCUAAAGAGAGAAGUGAGGAGGCAAAGAAGAAAAAAGAAGAAGACCAAACCAGCCUUGUAGAACAAGUGAAACGAGUGAAAGAAAUUGAAGCAAUUGAAAGUGAUUCCUUUAUUCCACAAGCAUUCAGAUCAAGUAAAGAAGACAAAAAGGUGACAGAACCUGUUGAAGUAAAGACUGAACCCACAUCAGUAAGCAUAAGUGCUGACCUGAUUACCGCUGAAAAAGAAACAGUGACUACAAGUAUCCCUACCACUAUCAAGUAUCAAGAUGAGAACUCACUAGCCCAUCCCAACCUGUUUGUUGACAAAGCAGAAGCUGAAGAAAGGUGGUUCCAGCGGCUGAUGACCCUUCGGCAAGAGAGGCUGAUGGGCAGUCCCGUGGCCUAAGCUUAGAGCCUACUGACUCACAGUCACCUCCACUAUGCAAGUCCAGGGGUAAAGCCAGAUGAGUGUCAAAAGUAAAUAUGGUGUAUUGCACAGGUGUCAAACUCGCGGCCCUCCAGAUGUUACGGACUACAGUUCCCAUCAUCCCGUGCCAGCAUCAUGCUGGCAGGGGAUGAUGGGAACUGUAGUCCGUAACAUCUGGAGGACUGCGAGUUUGACCUUUCUAAGCGGAUCAACAUGAAACUGGGGUGAUGGUGGCAUCAGAGAGGGCAGUGCCAGCUGGGGAAAGAGGCCUGCCAUCCAGCAGGCAGCAGCGCUGUUUUGGCUGUACUGUCAGAGAGAAUCUGGACUUGUUUGGGGGGGAAAUAUAAAGGAGUUUUUUUUUAAUCCACCCAUAUCCUUGGAAUUACCAAACACAAUGCAGUGUCUUUACAAGUCAGGUCUGAAGAUUACCUAUUUUUCGUUGCCAGAGACUGUAAAACCUUUCUCUACCCACAGAAUUAAGCAUUUCUCUUAAGGUUUCUGUAUGCUCUUUGACAUUAUCAGUUUUAAAAUUUCAGUGCAUGUUUUGCUGUGUUACAAGAUUAUUCUGAACAGCGAGAGAAGAAAGGUGCAUAGAGAAAGGGGGGAAUGGAAAGAUGAUCUUCCUUCAACCAACCUAUAUAAACACACACAUGAUGAUUUAGUUUAAUAAUUCAAUGUUGUAAUAACAAGACAUACCACUGGAGGUAUCAUUGUAGUGUGCGACUCCGUAUUGUAUAUGGUUUGUAUAUGAAUUUUCCCAAUUUGUUCAAUAAAUAAAAUGAAAACA